AUGUUGUCGGACAGGGGGCAGAACAUGAGAAUCGAACGACCGUUUUCGAGUAAGCACUGCUGGUACGCGUUCAAAGCCUAUCAUCAGUCGAUCAACGGCAGACUGCAAACAGAGGUUCUCGCUGAGGGUCUUGUUGCUGUUGCCUAUCUGACAGACGUCACGUCGUCGACGACCGCGCGCCAGCAGAGCAGCAGGACUUCAGGUUACGUUCGACGUUUCCACAUGCACGCGUUUGUUUGGCGUUCGUUGAAUUUGCGCCGUUGCGCAUUGUCGCCUGAGUCAAGAGGAGUUCGCGGUCGUCGUCGUCGUCGUCGUCGGAAGCACCAGUUCAACCUCGACCAGGACACCGACGACAACUGUGACGGCGACGACCAGGACGACGACGACCGACUGCUGCUCGCCCCCCUCCGCCGUCGGCCAACACCACGACGUGCCACGACGACAGCCGCUGUCGCCGUUGCCAUCCGACUCGUCGCACCUUGUCCCCCCCAGCUACCGCAUUUUUGGAAAGUAAGACGUUUAGAAAUGCUGUCAUUCGUUGUAUCGUUAUUCAUUGCAAAAUUGGUGACCGAUGACGUGGCAAUGGCGCCAUCCGUCAGCAAUGUAAACGAACCGCUCGAGUUUCAUUUCAGCAAACUUUCAGACGCAUGUCUCGAUUCUUCUCUUUCGUCAUCAGUGUCUGAACUGUUCGUAGCUCGAUUUCAGGGAUUUGUGUUUUCAGUCACAUUCAUGUGGUCGACGGAGGAGUGCUUAUUUGAAAUUCUGCACAGUUGGUAA